AUGGUUUUCCAGAAUUUCACGAACUCCGCGGUUUUGAUUCUAUGUGUUUUAGUUUUAGCAACUCGUAAUUAUCAAGCAUGCGCUUUUCGUAAUCCUGAAUCUUGGACUUCAAACUAUCGCCUCUGGGACAACAUAAAGCCUGACAACAUAAAGCCUGAAUCUCCCGUUAAGGGUUUAUGCGCUGAUUCAAUCAUUGCCGCGGGCUACAAAUGCAAUGAAUUCGAAGUUACAACAAAUGGUGGAUACAUUCUUAGCAUUCAAAGGAUUCCAAAAGGUCGAUCAGAGAUUAGUAGCAACGCGUCUAAGGAGCCGGUGAUAAUACAACAUGGACUUAUGAUGGAUGGAUCAUCUUGGUUUAUGAACAGUCCGGAACAAAAUGUGCCUAUGAUUCUUGCUGAUAAUGGCUUUGAUGUUUGGGUUACUAAUGGAAGAGGAACCAAAUUUAGUCGCAAACACACUACCUUAGAUUCUUCGAACCAGCAAUAUUGGGAUUGGACUUGGGAUGACUUGGUUAGUGAUGAAAUGCCUGCUAUUGUUGAUUUUGUCUUCAACCAAACAGGAGGGCAGAAGAUAAAUUAUCUUGGUCAUUCUUUGGGGACUAUGAUAGCUUUGAUAUCUUUGUCGGAAGGUAAAUGGGUAAAUAAAGUGAAAUCAGUAGCAUUGUUGAGUCCUGUUGCCUAUUUGAGUCAUAUGACAACUACACUUGGAAUUAUGAGUGCAAAUUAUGUAUCAGGGAAGAAAUUUACUCCGAAAGAUAUUACUGAAUUUGAUCCCAAAGGACAAAAAGUCCUUAGCUUUGUCAGAGGUAUUUGUUCUCGUUCCGGAAUAAACUGCAAUGACCUGUUUACUGCAGCAACAGGCGAUAAUUGUUGCCUAGAUGAAGCAGCUUUUGUUCGAUUUUUGAAAGUUGAACCUCAGCCGACGUCAAAAAAAACCAUGUUUCAUUUAGCUUAUACAUUUUUAUAUGAUGAUUUGACGAAAUUCGACUAUGGGAGACGAGAAAUAAACCAAGAGCAUUAUGGACAGCCAGAACCUCCGAUCUACAACCUCUCAAACAUUCCAAACGAUGUUCCAAUUUUCAUGAGCUAUGGUGGUCGAGACGCGCUCUCCGAUGUUGUCGAUGUUCAGAGAUUACUUACACUACACUUUCAGAACCAUGAUAAAACCAAGCUUAAAGUUCAGUUCAUUCAAGGAUAUGCUCAUGCUGACUACAUGAUGGCUGUGAAUGCCAAGGAUUUGGUGUACAAACAAGUUGCAUCAUUUUUCAAGCAGAAAUUUUGA